AUGGGUUCUCAGCAUCCUCUCCUUGUUUCCCUUGAUUUGAAGGGCAUGGUCCUAAAAAAUGAGGGAAAGUCCUACACAAAGUGGAACAAAGUUAAUAUGAUCACAAGGGAAAGUGGAGGAGUUGUGAAGAACAAGAGAACACCCAAAAGAAGAAGGAUAUUAAAGAAGAGGGGUACACUGAAGGGCCUCCAACAAAGUGCAAGAAUGCGCAGCAAUGGGAUCCAAAGAAGGGUGAAAACCUUGAAGAGACUGAUCCCAAAAACCGAUUCGUCGACGGGGUUGGAUGGACUCUUCAGAGAGACAGCUGAUUACAUCUUGUCCUUGCAAAGUAGAGUAAGGCUCUUGCAAAUUAUGGUUCAGGCAUUGGCACCUGGUUCUCAUCAUGAUGAGUGA